UGUGUGUGUGUGUGUGAAUGUGCCUGUUCCCGUGCGUAGGUGUUGGUCGCGUGUCGUUGCCGUUGCCGUUGCCGCUGCCGCUGCUGCCGCCCGUUGCCUCUUUACAUGUAAAGCAGAUUGUGCAAAGCGUUUUUUUCGUUCCUUUUGUGGUUCCAUCAUAAGACCAAAAACUUGAUUUAUAAUCGGUACGUGCGGCCAGCAGUAAAUCAAUAAAACAAUAUAAACCCAACCAAAUCAAUUAAUUUAUAUACAAACCGAAUGCAGUCAAAGUGUUGAUCGAAUAUCGAAUAAGACAAAAGUAUUAAAUAAAAUCAAGAGAGAACCAACCGGCCACCAACAUGUAAGGCAAGGCAGGCAGCUCAGCAAAGUUAGCUUUUGCCCCCGCUCCCCUCCAAAGAUGGCCGCCAGGAUGUGCAGCAGUAGCAGCAGCAGCAGCAGCAGUGUUUCCAUCGUCAUCAUCUAGCUGCAACAGCGUCCAGUGCAGCACCAGCAGCAGUUGCAGCAUCCAUGCAACAUACCCACAUAUACACAGAAAUACAUAUUUCGAACGCACACUCUCGCAUAGUCCACUCUUAAAGGCGGUGCUUUGGCAAUCUUAUUACCGAAAGAGCAUCCAACAAAAAGCAUUCGUCUGCUGUUCCCAGAACCAACAAACAGAGAGAGAGAGAGACAGCUCGGCCCAAGAUCGGCGCUGCGCUGCAUUACUCUGCAUUUCGUAUUUGACAGUUGACAACGAGAGACGCUCGGGCGCGCACAGCAGUUAACUUAGACCCGACGGCGACGCGUCGCUGCCGUCGUUCGUCGUUGUCGUCGCUUUCGAGUUUCCCUUUUUUUUCGUUCCCGGGUGUAAUUGCGAUUAUGAGCGAGACCUUCAAAUUGUCCGAAAUGCAACGCACUAAUAUCGAGUUUGAACGUCAGCGUCAUUUGGCCAAUUGGCUGGUGAAGAGCAGUCCACACAUGGCAGCAGCAGCAGCGGCAGGAGUAUCCACACCCCCAUCGGGGGCUGCGGCAAACACAUCAAACACUGGAUCAACAGGAGGAGUUGGGGCAGCGGCAGGAGGUGCUGCGCAAGGCGGCGCGCCCAGCAACAGCGUCGCAGCUGCAACAGCAGUAGCAGCUGCAUGUAACGGUGGAGCCCCAGCGGGCGCCCAUCCCGGCCACAUGGCUGCGGGGGCGCGCAAGCCCAAGCUGCGGCGCUUCAACUCCCACGACACCAGCUCCAACAUGUUCUCGGUGGCGGAAUUCGAGAACGCCCGACUGGCGCGCCGCAACGAGAUCGAGCUGAACCAGCGGCUGGCCCGACGCCUGCGCAACAACGCCAACGGCAUCUACGGCCUUGGCGCUGGCUCCGCUGCAGGCAACGGCGGUGUCGGUUACUCUGGCUUUUGUGGCGGUCUAAACGGCAGCGGCGACUACUCCACCGGCGACAGCAAGGCUUCCAAGGGGAGUAGCGAGUCACAGCAGGAGCCGCUGCCCGCCGACAUAUUCCUCGAGCGGUACUCGCUGCCUCGUGUCGUCCGCAUCCUGCAUACGAGCAAGAGCUCCAACGAGACCCUGCAGUCCAGCUCUUCGCACGGCUCGUCCACGGCGGCCUCCAGUAGCUCUUCGACGGGACCGAAGCCAGCCAGUGGCGGUCCAACGACCACUAACAAUACCGACACGGGCACUGGCACCAAUUCAUCCUCCAGCGCUGGGAGCGGCAACAACAACAGCAACAACAGGCCAUGCAGCAAUGGGCACGAUGAGCUCUUCCUGCUCUACAGGCUGGUGCGACAGCGGAAUAUCUAUCAUGGACACAAUGCCAAGUCUCAGGCGUCGCAGCGCAAGAAAACUGUGCUAAUACCACAAGAGUUUCCAGGCUAUUUCUCGCUGCUCAAUGAGAAGGGUCUACCGACAGCCACGCAGUACAGCUCGCUGAUGCAUCUGGUAAGGGAGCGGGUGUACAAGUUCGUUUCGGUGGACAAUAUGCCAGCGUUUACAGAGUCCUCGCCAGCGGGCAGUGCCAGCAGUCCCACGCACGAGGGCUGUCUGCCCGUCAUCAAGGGACGGCCGCAGUACAUGAAGACGACGGCACGCGGCGGACAGGUGUUCCGUCUGCUGGCCGUUUUCGAGGAUGGCAAGCAGGAGAACGGACACGGCCAGGGACAGGGUAACUUGUCGCAGCACGGCAGUGGGAAUGUGGCCAAGUCCCAUUCUAGUGGCUAUAUCGGGCGCGAGAAGGAGAAGAACCGCUACGCCCAGUUGCUGAACGAGAAUCGUCAGGUGAUGUACGUCCCCCUGGCCACCAAGGGAAAGUUCUACGAGAUUGAGCCGGGUAUACCGCAGCUGCUGCAGAAGCUGGGCGAUGCGCAGCGCAAGCUCAAUCCGGAUUGUGUGCACCGAUUGGGGGCCCUGGUGACGGCGGCCAAACUGUUGCCGGUGACCCUGCGCUACAUUUCGGGUCCCGGCGGACCGGAGAUACCCGAACAGCUGUGCAUCAGUCAGGUUACCAAGGAGGAUGUGGCUGUUGGUUGCCCCAUCGAGGACGUGGACACGCAGACGCCGCUGCAGCUGAGAAAGUUCUACCCCAGUCGGGACAUGCAGCUGCUCAGGAGUUACCUGGGCUUCGAUUCCGAGCAGCGAAUGCUGGCCAACACCAAUGUGCAGAACAUGCUGAAGUUCUGCCAGUUCAACUGCGACCAGUUCCUGAGGCUGGUGGAGGUGGAGCUGGUGCAGCGCUCUGAGCGCUCUGGGAGCAAGAGCAGGGAGGGCCUCAGGAUCCUGAAGCCGCUACACUUGCCUAGAAUUUUGAGGCGAGAGAAGAGCACCAUGGCCGCAGCCCACGAGAAGGAGGAUUCGAUUAUAUUCCUUAGCAAGACCGAUUUGGAAAAUCUAGAGGCCAAGGAAGCGGCAGCUGCAGCAGCGACUGCCUCCUUGGCGGACGCCGGAACCAAUCGCAUUUCGGAACGCAUGAAGGUGUUUCAGUCGACCAAGAAGAAGUGGUUCGGUAAGCAGCAGCAACAGCACCAUGAGAAGCUGCAACCUGAUUCGGAGCUGGAUGUGCAGGCCAAGCGGAUGAGUAUGGAGCGCUAUACGGACAUGUCGAAGCUGCUGCAGGCGCGAUUCGGCUCAGAUCAAGACCAGCCAGAGCGGGAUGCCAUCUCGUUGAACAGUGGCGGAGCCUCCGACACCGAGACUACAACUCUGACCACCAUAGAGCCCAAGUCCUUGGACACGCUGCUGCAGAAGUCCAUGUCGCUGCAGGACAUCGAGCUAUUGAAUGGCCAGUGCAAGCCUCGUCCCGACCUGCUGGCCACACACAGUCACACAGAUGCCAUCAGCGAGGCGGGCACCGAACUGGAAGAUGUGGAGAAUCAGACGCCGCCGCCGCAGUCGUUCAUUACCGAAAAGCUCUACAAUGAGUUUCACGUGAAGACACGGCAGUACAGCAAGUCCUCGUCGAGUCUCCAUCAAAUGCGUCACUUCUCGCUGCCCCAGAAGCUGCAGCUCCACGAGGAGGCGGAGCAGGAGGAUCGCAGCCUGAUGCAACUGAAGGCACACCAGCAGUCCCUGACCAAGCAGCCUGUCACGGGCCGUCGGGCGGCGGGUGGGGUCUGCCUGCUGGGAGGCGGACUGAACAAUAUACCCUCCCCGGUACCGAUCUCACCCUUCUCCCUGGUGGAGGACGAUCUGCCCUACUCGAGUGUGCGCGACUCCUUGGUCAUGGCCAGCGAUGGCUGUCUGCAGCCACAGGUUUCUGUAAGGUCGCCAGCCCCCUUGGACUACACCAAGGAGAACAUUUACGCGGAGAUCUGUCCCUCGCACACCGUCGACACCUUCUCGGGGGCCACACAGUUUACCCAUGUGCAGGAGGACGGCGAUGGGGAUGGGGAUGGGGACUACGCCUCUCUCAAGUAUCCGGCCAGUGGACCUCAGUCCGUCAGUCGCAUCGAGAUCAACGGUGGGGCAUCGAAGAGCGCCAUCAGCUACCACACAGUGUACUUGGGCGAGGAGCCGCUGGGGGAGAGGCAUGCGGCGCAUAUUACCACCGUUGAGCUGGCCGGGGAGGACAACAUAUACAAUACGCUCAAAUGAUGACUCAUGUGAUUCCGGCGACGUAAAUUGGCCGGCGCAAAGGGACUGUUUUAAGACACUUGGAGAUGCAGAUAGAGAUGGGGCAAGCCAGUGGAAAUACUUCACGUGAUCUAAUAUUAAAUGUCUCCUAAAAUCAUUCAUUCAUAUUCAAAUAUUGUCACUGUUCGUGGAAAGGAAGAGUCUCAUGCUCGAACUGAAUCAAAAUAUCAUUGUAAAUCAAUCUCUUGGAUCCCGAAAUGUAUUUCUAAGUAUUGAGACUAUUGUAGGGCAACAGACAGAGUAGAGAGACUUCUGGGGGCAGCUCAAACCGAUCUGAUAAUUGAAUAUACAUUCGAAUUUGAAAUCUUUUUGUAAAAUAAGGCUUUGUGUAUAAGAUCUGCAAAGGUCAGGAUUGUAUUCUCUGCAAAAGAAAUGAAUUUAUGUUUUAAUUUGUAUGAAACGUUCUAAUUCUUAAACAAUUUGUCCAUAAAACCACAUAAAUCUGUAUUAUAAUCAUAUAUUUUUGAUCAUAGUUUUAUCAAAGAAUACAAAAUACAGUUUACCUAGUAUUUCCGUUAAUUUCCCUUGUAAAACCUCCAAUGGAGACACAAACAAUAAGAAAAUUGUAUGACGCUGUUGCACAAAAGAAGAAAUUGAGAAAUUUUGAGUAUUUCCGUUUAGCUUUGCCAGAGAAAAUGCAAAAGUUCUUGUGUAUGAAUCUUGUGAAGCGAAAAUCGAAGCAAAUUAGCAAUGGAAUGGAAAGAAGUACAUGGAAUAUAUAUUUGUAGCAAUUAGCAUUAGUUAUAAGCAUAUGGAACAACUUUGUAAAUGAGACGUCCCUGUGGGCGACGAAAAACCCCUAGAAAUGACAACUCAAAUUGUAAUAUUAUUAUAAAACCAAGUGAAGACAA